CAGCGAUGUGCGCGCCGACGGGGACAAAACGCCCGAGGCAGUCCACUAUGGAAGGCUUCGCCAAGAAACGCCCAAAUACCACCGACCAUGCUGUUCUCCAAGGCGAACAACUCGACGUCCUCCGCGCCGUCAUAGACAACAAACAAAACGUCUUCUUCUCCGGCAAAGCAGGAACCGGAAAAUCCCUCACCCUCCGCCAGAUAAUCACUUCUCUCAAAUCUAUAUACAAGAAGGAGAAUGAAAUCGCCAUCACCGCUCCGACAGGUCUCGCUGCUAUCAAUAUUGGAGGGGAUACGAUACAUACGUGGGGUGGGAUUGGGUAUGGGCUGGGGACCGCGGAGGAGCUUGUGAAGGGGCUGAACGGUAUACAGAGGAAGAGGUGGAGAGGGUGCAAAGUGUUGAUACUGGAUGAAAUUUCCAUGGUUGAGGCGAGGUUACUGGACAAGCUCGGAGAGAUGGCAAAAGCACUUCGAAAGUCUGAUGUACUCUGGGGAGGUAUCCAGCUGGUAUUUUCUGGAGACUUUUUUCAGCUACCGCCGGUGCCGAGGGAUCGUAGCGAUAAGCCACCGUUUGCGUUUUCGAGCGAAACUUGGAAAUUGAUCGAUCAGCAGAUUGAGCUGAAGACGGUAUACAGACAGAGGGACCUGGGACUGAAAAAGAUCCUGGACGAUGUCCGUUAUGCCAACCUCAGCAAAGCCACCAUCAACCUCCUCACCAUGAUCGACCGUCCGCCCAGAACCGCCCCUUCUGCUCCCUCCACCGAACCCGCUCUCGCCCCAGUGCUAACCAGCACAAGAGAAGAAGCCGACCGUGAAAACACUUCUCGUCUCAACAAGCUGCCUGGCAACGUGAUGGUAUACGACGCGGUCGACACGAUCAACCGGCCUUGGGAUGCGUCCAUCUUUCGCGGGGUGCUAGCGCCGAAGCGACUGGUAGUCAAAGCAGAAGCGCAGGUGAUGCUGGUGAAGAAGAUAGGAGAUGACCUUGUGAACGGUACGAUGGGCCGGAUACUUGGGUUUGACUAUCCGCAGACUUUCCGGGCGGUCUCGGGCCAGUGGGUUAGGGAUGAGGAGGAUGAGAGUAUUGAGGAUGAGCAGGAGAGGAAGAAGGAGAUGGUUGGGAGGAGGGUGAAAAAGGAAAAGCUGGUUGCGGAGGGAGAGGCGCAGCAGUACCCAGUGGUGAGGUUCGUGUAUGGGGCGAAGGAAGGUACGGUGGACGUACUCGUCAAACCGGAUCGGAUUGAGAUGGAAGAUGCCAAAGGCGGGCUCAAAGGCGUCCGGAAGCAGGUACCACUUAUGCUGUCUUGGGCAAUGAGCAUCCACAAAGCCCAAGGCAUGACUCUCCACUCGGUCAUUGUUGAUGUUUCGCGCUGCUUUGCCCCCGGGCACGUGUAUGUAGCGCUCUCGCGUGCAACUUCCAUCCUCCGUCUACAGGUCAAAGGGUUCAAUAAGGAGAAGGUGAAAGUAGACCCGAGGGUGAUGGCAUGGGCGAGGACGUGGAUGGAUAUUCCGCCUCAAGUAUAGCAUUGUUCCUCGCGACACUAACUCUUAAACGUG